UACAAAUGUAUUUUUUCAUUACAUUAUUUACUCAUGAAAAAUAUACUGUUCUACAUCUGGUUAUUUUUUCAUUAUACUUUUUUGGUAGAUUUCUUGCUCCGCCUUCAUUUUGAUGAAACCAGUACAAGUCAAUUCAAUUCAUGACAGUCAAUUAAAAUGACUUGAACAAAAAUGUUCAUAGUCAUUUUAACGAAAUAUAUUUCGUAAUAGAGUUGCCAGUAGAGUAUAUUUUAAGAACAAUAAAUAGUUAACCCCUUGUGUGACAUUCAAGAUAAGAUAGCCUUCAUUUUAAAUUUGGAAAUAUACCCUUUUUUGUUUUGAUUUAUGCCAAAAAGUGAAAAAAGUGUCUAUCUAAUAAAAUGACUUUAAUCGGUUUGUCUCAAGUGGGAUGACAUUUGAGAGAAUAUAUUUCCAAAUGUUUAUUUCAAUGUAAACAUACACUGUUAUUGUCAUAAGUAUGUCCAUAUUAUAUACACAAAUCCGAAAACCGUGUACCGAUUAAACAAUAUAAUCUAGUACAGGUUAAAGUAAAAAAAAAUGAAAAAAGAAGUCGACUUUUAUGACGCGGAAUUCAGUUUUGACUUUAAACUGAUAACUACCAUGGAAACUUAAUUAAAAUCGAAGCGCAUGUGUAAUUUGUGUUAUAUAAACUGCUAUAUGCAUACUUAUGCAUAGAAUCAAUGGCGUGUUUGUGUUAAUUUUAUUCGUUUGACCGAAAUCGGAAUUAGUCAAAGAAAAAGUUGUCGUCUAUAGCUGCCGACGAUAACUUCUUUUCAUUGAUAAGAUAAGCCAGCGAAUUCAUCUCCGUCUUCCAAAUAUAAAAAAAUUGUAAAUCACAUCAAAUCAUUUUGGGCCAUUAACAUGGACAAGUCACACAGUUCACAAAGUUAUUCAAUGCUUCCACAACGUGUGGUACUUGCUAUCAUGGGUACUCUGGCAAUUGCCGUUUCAUAUACUAUUCGAUCAAGCUUACCAGUGGCUCUUACUGAAAUGGUCGUUCCAGUCAAUAAUACAAACAAUUUAGGACAACAAUUGAGAAACAGUACCAUACCACGGUACAACUGGACACAAUCACAACAACAAUGGGCUUUAUCAUCAUUUUAUAUUGGAUACGUUUUGGCCCAUAUUCCUGGUGGUCUGAUAGCCGAAAAAAUUGGCGGAAAAUGGAUUUGUUCGGGCGGUAUAUUAUUUAUGGCAUUUUUCAAUGGAAUCACACCAGUGGCUGUUGAAUGUGGCGGUGGAUUGUGGGCUUUGAUUGUUUUACGCAUAAUGGUGGGAGUUGGCGGCGGCACGACUUAUCCUGCUCUGAGUGUUAUGUUGGCGGCGUGGGUUCCGGAGAAAGAGAGAGGAAAAAUUGGCACAUUUGUAUUUGGAGGUGGUCAAAUUGGAUGUCUAUUAUCAUUCUUCUUCACUGGAUUGAUAUUAGAACACUAUGCAUGGGAUAAAGUUUUCUAUUUUUGGACUAUUGUGGCAGUCUUUUGGUUUGUGUUAUUCACUGUUUUGUGUUACAAUGAUCCAGAAUCACAUCCACGCAUACCCGAAAAGGAGCUUACUUAUCUCAAAUCAGAACUGGGUCAAACAAAGCGAAACGACGACUUACCACCGACGCCAUGGAAAUCCAUAAUAUUUAAUGUUCCAGUUAUUGCAAUGGCCAUUUGUUUGAUUGGGCAUGAUUGGAUAUUUUACAUUAUGUCGGCCGAUUUGCCAAAGUACCUAAAGGAUGUGUUGGAACUAAAAGUAAAAGAAAUUGGCCUUUAUUCGUCGAUGCCAUUUUUAUUGAUGUGGAUAGUAUCGUUGUUUUCGGGUUUUAUGUCCGAUUAUCUGGUUAAUCGAAAACUCGUGACAAUCACACAAGCUCGAAAAAUAUUUACAACCUUGGGCUCAGUAUUUCCGGCCAUUUUCCUUGUUGCCGCUUCAUAUGGUGGUUACAAUAGACCAAUUGUUAUAUUUCUUUUCACCAUUGUGAUGGGCUUCUUGGGAUGUUUUUUCUCAGGUGUUAAAGUCAAUGCAUUAGACUUGAGUCCAAAUUAUGCUGGCAGCUUAAUGGCAGUCACAAAUGGCCUUGCUGGCAUGGCUGGAGUAGUCGUAUUACCAAUCAUUGGCGUAUUGACGCCACAGUCAUCACUUGAACAAUGGAGAUUUGUGUUCUGGCUUACCUUUGUUGUCACCAUGCUGCGAACUAUUAUAUUUUUAAUUUUUGGAUCCGCAGAAAUACAGAAAUUUAAUAAUCCACGAAUCGAAUCACGAAAUCGAAUCACCCAUGUAGAUAGAAAAAGCAUUUUGUCAAAUAAGCUCAUACCGAGAUGAUAUCAAUUUCAUUGAUUGUUGCAUUAUGUACUUAUUUUGGUUAUUUAAAUAAUGAAUUUUUUUGUAUUCGAAGACGGCCAAGAAUUCAAAAAUACUCAAGAUUAAUGAAAAUAAAAGUAUUGAAUUCAAAAAAUAGUUCUAUUCUGAUGUAAAUUUUAAUUUAUUUUCAAUAUUAUGUAAUU